UAUUAAGUGACUGGUUAAAAAUUUGAGAGUAGUAUAGAACUAAUGGAUGGAAUGGCGGUUCAGCUUCAGCAGCAACUUUUUGAUUAUACUGCUUCUCUAUUCAACGAGGGGUUUUUGGAUGAUCAAUUUAAUCAGCUUGAACAACUUCAAGAUGAAACAAACCCAGAUUUUGUUGUUGAAGUUGUUACCCUAUUUUUUGAUGAUGCAGAGAGACUUCUUAAUGAACUCACAAAAUCACUAGGUCAAGAAAACAUUGAUUUUAGGAGGUUGGAUGCUUAUGUUCAUCAAUUAAAGGGUAGCAGCUCCAGCAUUGGCGCACAAACAAUUGAUAAAGCCUGCAUUUCUUUCCGCAACUUUUGCACAGAGAAAAAUGUUGAAGGGUGUUUGAAAAGCUUGCAACAAGUAAAACAUGAGUAUUCCUUGGUGAAAACCAAACUUGAGACUCUUUUCAAGAUGGAGCAGGAGCUUUUGGCUUCACGUUUAUCAGAUCUCAAAGUAGAGUGAUAUAAGAGGAACUGAUUUUAAUUUUCUAAUGCUGCAGUAUUAUGCAAACAAAACCAUAAUAUUUAUGUUGUAUUUUAAACUUGUUUAUGAUUUUGUACUAUGGAAUGGAUCUUGGUUUUUAUUAAAUUAGACAACAAUGUGAAUAACUCAUG